CAAUUAUUUUGUAGCUUUAGCUAGCCUUACUCACAAACCAAAACGGAUUGUGCACGACUCUUAACGUUGUAUCUUGUCCGCACUAAGUCAGUGCCGACGACGUUAUUUAAACAUUUCAAGAGUAACUUGUAUUUUCCCUAAGAACUUUCUCCUUUACUUUUCUCAUCGGAAAAAACGGCCGAUUUACUUCUUAAGUAAACUGAGUUGUGUUAUAUUUAAGAGGUUAUCUUCGUAGGGUUGGUUUAUUUACGCUUCGAAACAGAAUCAGCUGUUGUUGUGUCAAACAGUUCUCGAAGUUUCUUUUGCGGAGUGCCUUGGUUCCUUUUAUAUCCGCUGUUUUCCUACACAUUUAUUUAUCACAAUCAUCAAUGCUAGUUACAAAAGAACAAUGAGCUUCCCGGAAAAACAAGACAAUAUAUCGAAAGAUGAGUGGGUUGCCAAGCUGGAAGAAAAUUCCCAUACACAGCGUGUUUCCAUGAAUAAUCUAAUUAUGAAUUAUCUCGUCACAGAGGGGUUCAAGGAAGCAGCAGAGAAGUUUCAACAGGAAUCUGGAGUAGAACCUACCGUAGAGUUGAGUUCUUUGGACGAUAGGAUUCGCAUUAGAGAUGCCAUUCAGAAUGGACGUAUUCAGGAGGCAACAGACCUUGUGAACCAAUUACAUCCGGAAUUGUUGGAUAAUGACAGAUAUCUUUAUUUUCAUCUGCAGCAGUUGCAUCUUAUUGAGUUGAUUCGCACUGGCAGAAUCGAAGAGGCAUUGCAAUUCGCUCAGGAUAGAUUGAGCGAAGCUGGAGAAUCAGAUGAUAAUAUCUUAUGCGAAUUGGAGCGUACUCUAGCUCUGUUAGCUUUCGACGAGCCUCAUAAGAGUCCAUUUAGCGAUCUCUUACACCCAACUCACAGACAAAAAAUAGCAAGUGAGUUGAAUGCAGCCAUAUUGAAAAUGGAGCACAGAGAAUCUACGAGUCCACGAUUAAAUAAUUUGCUUAAAAUGAUACUCUGGGCACAGGAUGAACUAGAUGAGAAAAAAGUGAAAUACCCGAAAAUGACUGAUUUAGGUAGUGCCACCAUUGAGAGUCCAAAAUAAUUUUGAACAAGAUAUACCGUGGGACAAUAUCGAUUUAUUUAUUAGUAUGAGAAAUGAAUGUGUGAUUGUAUUAUAUUAGUGUUUUACAUAACAGGAUAUAAGGGAAGAACCGAGA